CUUCAGCCCAGGAUAACCUGCAGAUCCCUUUGGAAGGCUCUAAGCAGUAAAGUGAAAACCUGAAACACCCGAGCCACAAUGGCCACAGCACCAUACAACUACUCCUACAUUUUCAAAUACAUCAUCAUCGGGGACAUGGGAGUAGGAAAGUCAUGUUUGCUUCACCAGUUCACAGAAAAGAAAUUCAUGGCAGACUGCCCCCACACGAUUGGCGUGGAGUUCGGCACGAGGAUAAUCGAGGUGAGCGGUCAGAAGAUCAAGCUGCAGAUCUGGGACACGGCGGGGCAGGAACGCUUCAGGGCAGUCACACGCAGCUAUUACAGGGGCGCCGCUGGGGCUCUCAUGGUCUAUGACAUAACCAGGAGAAGCACAUACAACCAUCUCAGCAGUUGGCUGACGGAUGCCAGGAAUCUCACUAACCCAAAUACUGUGAUCAUUCUCAUAGGUAACAAAGCAGACCUGGAGGCCCAGAGGGAUGUGACAUAUGAGGAGGCCAAACAGUUUGCUGAGGAGAACGGUCUCCUGUUCCUGGAAGCCAGCGCAAAAACAGGUGAAAAUGUCGAGGACGCUUUCCUGGAAGCAGCAAAGAAGAUCUACCAGAACAUUCAGGAUGGCAGUCUGGACCUAAAUGCCGCCGAAUCUGGUGUUCAACACAAACCCUCUGCACCCCAGGGUGGCCGGCUAACCAGUGAACCUCAGCCCCAAAGAGAAGGCUGCGGCUGCUAAUGACCAACUUCUCCCAUUUACCUGUGUAUUUCCUCACCCACCUCCACCCCAACUUUCCUCCUUCUCUUUUCUUUUCCUUCACCUCACCAGUCCCCGUUCCAGGCCCCGAGGGCCACGUGAGCCUGAGCCGUGAGGGGAUGAAAUGAGGGAUAGGCUGGGCUGGGCAUUGACCCCUCCUCUCCCCUCCCUCUCUCCAUCUAUCACUCACUCUCCCCUAUGGCUGUUCAACUUUGGUUCUGUUUUCUUAGUCCAACCUGUUCCCACCAUCAUGGUUUGACCCUCUUGUGGUGUUGUUCAGCAAGGACUCAUCCAUCAUGGGAUUGAUCAGACCUUCCAAAUCAGUUCAUAAAAACAAGAAAUGGGUUACUGACAACUAUCUAAGAGAAAAGAGACAGGCAGAUCAACCAAGCUUCUUUUUAAGUAUUUGUUUUAUAGCUGGAUAAUGUACAUACAUCAUCUAUGAGAAACUGACCCCUCACAGGAAGUAUAUAUGAAACAACACUUGUUAUAAAUACACACUCAUCCAUCUUUCCUGAUGCUCUUGCAUGGUUUAGUCUUGAAUAACACUUGUAACUUUUUAAAUUUACAAUAGAAAUUAAAUUGAAACAUAGGAUUCUUCUUUGCUCGGUGAUUACUUUUUCAUUCCUUGUAGAGGAGGGAAUGGUUAGUGAAGGUAAUGAGUUAAUGUAAAAUGAGGCCACAUUGCUGACAGAUGGUGUGUGUAUGUGUGAAAGAAAACAAGUGCAAGCGAUUGUGUGUUUGUAUUUAUGUGUGUGUGUGUGUAUGUGUGUGCGUGCGUGUGUUACUCCAGGCUAAAUAUUGCAAGUUCUAAUCAGGAGUUGAGUGUGUCAGUAGCUCACUUCACUUUGCUGCUCAUUGAUAUCAUGGAAAGUUAAAAGCCUCCAUCACCUUAGUAGUACUGAGAGUCAUCACAACCCUCAAAUCUUAAUGAAUCUCCAACAGUAGCUUCUUUACUGAACAGAACAGGAAAGGUUAGGGAUGUGUGUGUGUGUGUAUGUGUGUGUGUGUUGGGAGCCUCCUUUGUGAAUCAGUAAAUGACACUUGAAUGAAAGAUAAGGAAAGCCCCCCUACCCCACAGACUGAUUCUUUCGGGUCAUCUGUUUUCAUUGCACCUGUCCUGCCCUCUUGCUCUCCCCUCCUCUGCUCUUUGACCAUAUCAGUAGAUUUUUGUCUGUCCUUAUCAGCAUUUUUGUUGCCUUAUUGUUAUGAUUAAUGUUAAUAGUAUUACUAUUACGGUUUAAUCUUUUGUUGCUAUGUUAGCUCUACAUACUGCUGCUUGGUCUCACCUCUGUCAAAUAAAACAUACUGUUUUACAAUACUGCUGUGUUUUUGUUAACCAUGAGGGAGGUAUGUGACAGUGUGAAUGCUAAACCAGGGCAAACUGUGUAGCAGUCACACUUGUUAUUCACUUCUGGCUGUAAAUUCACCAGCUGCUGUCGUAUAGGCUUGUAUAGUAACACCUUAAUGUGCGCCCCAAAAAACCCUCCGCUGAGAGUGUUUAGGUUGGGGUUGGGAGCUCAGUGUUCUAAUUUAGUUCAUGUACCAUACAAAAUAAUUCCCUCAUUCAGUAGCUGUAUAUAUGGCUAAAUAUAUCUACUGGGGACAACGCAACUUGGAGGACAGACAGCAGCACUGACUCCCUUGAACUCUGUACAGGUGGCCAUGGUGUUAGUGAGAUGCUUGUAGCUUUUUUCUCGGGAAAUUCUGUAACAUAAUUUCUAUGAAUAAAUGUGCCUGUAUACGGAUGAUCCCUCUCUCUGUUUGUUGGUAACAUGGCGUGACCGAAGCAUUCAAUGUCCAUUUUGGUCCCAUCCUCUGGUUAAAUUAGGAAAUGUGGUAGGAGGAUUCCAGAGCCAGUACUAAAGCGCUGGUUGGUACCUGGUCUCAAACUCUGUUAAAACAUGUCCACCACUGUUAUGUACUCCACUGUGUUGAAUCCUCUGUUUCUUUUGUCUUACCAGGAGAGAGGGAGGGGCUUGGUUGGUUUUGGAAGGGGUUUAUAGUGGAGUCCUCCUCUUGUUUUGUCCCAUUUCUUUGCUGUCUGAAUGACCACUUCUGGCUACGUGUUCAAGUUGAAAAAAAGUACAUAUGUAUAAAUUUUGAAGGAGCUGUGCUAACAUUUAAAAUGCAUUCUUGCGUGUAUAUGAUUUUAAAAUGUUGACCUUUUGAUUUUAAUAAUGAUGACAAUAAAAUGCUCUAGACAUAAA